GCCCGCGGCCUGCGCCGUCCUCCACAUGAACUUUAACCCCAAAAACCUGCAGGUUUCUCUGUUUUCUACCAACAUUAAACCGGUAUAAACCGAUAUAAACCGGUGUCCUGGUCCUGGGGGGGCAGAGUCCUGGUUCCUAUCGGGGUCAGCAAGUCCAGAAACGGAGCUUUAACCGCCGUUUAGGCGCCUGGCGGAGCUAGCGGAGCUAACGGCUAACGGAGCUAACGCGGCUAACGGACCAGGCUCAGCUUCCGGCCGAUAUUUCUGGGUCGGUUUUGUGUUUAAUGGCUGUUUUUAACGGAUGAUCAUGGAGAUGGAUAAUAACCUGGGAUUGGUUUAUAAUAAACCACACUGAGGUGAUGAUGAGACUCCACCCACGCCCCCCGCCCCGUCCAUCCAUUGAUUGAUUGAUCGGUGACUGAUCGGGACCAUCAGGAGGAUCAGGAUCAAUGACCUGGAUCAUCGAUCACAUGUGAACGAAGAUUCCAGGGUCCGGGACUGCAGCUCCUCCAGGAGAUGAACGGAGUGAAGGAGGAGGUGGAGGAAAAAGGAGGAGGAAGAGGAGGAGACCGUCGUGAUGAAGGGGAAGAGGCCGCCGGUCCAGAACCAGAACCCCUGCGAGGCUCGACGGAGCAGGAGGCGGCGGCGUCGGACCGAGACCCGGGUCACACGACCCCCCAGCAGAAACCCCACGGCUGCUCCACCUGCGGGAAGCGUUUCUCCAAGAAGAUCAACGCUCUGAUCCACCAGCGCGUCCACACGGGCGAGAAGCCGUACGGCUGCCCCGACUGCGGCGCCCGCUACGCCCAGUCGGGCUGCCUGCGCCGCCACCGGCUCAAGCACGCGGCGGAGAAGCCGUUCCGCUGCGCCGUUUGCAGCCGCGGCUUCGUGCAGCGCCGCUACCUGGUGCAGCACGAGCGGACGCACACGGGCGAGAAGCCCUUCGGCUGCGCGCGCUGCCCCAAGCGCUUCGCCUCGCGCAACGGCCUGCUGGACCACGAGAACGGCCACGCUGACGUCAAGCUGUUCCCCUGCUCCCUCUGCCCCAAGGCCUUCAGCUCGCCGUCCUCGUACCGCGACCACGUCCGGCUGCACACGGGCCAGCAGCUGCACCGCUGCUCGCUCUGCGGCAAGAGCUUCAACCGCCCGGGGCUGCUGAGGAAGCACCUGGGGAAGCACCAGCAGCAGCAGCAGCAACGGGGUGACGGCGAAGGGGGCGAGGACGACGGACAGGAGGAAGUUUCCCUCCACUGCUUCCUGUGCCCGGGAACCUUCUCGUCGUCCGCGGAGCUGGAGCAGCACCGGCGGCAGCAGCACGCCGGCCUGCGCUUCGCCUGCCAGAUCUGCGGCCGGGGCUUCCCCAGCGCUACGCGGCGCGAGGACCACGUCCGCUCCCACACCGGGGAGAGACCCUUCCAGUGCAGCGUCUGCAACAAGAGGUUCCUCUCCCAGCGGGUGCUGAGGAAACACCAGGAGAUCCACGACCGGAAACACCAGGAGAUCCACGACCGGAAACACCAGGAGAUCCACGACCGGAAACACCAGGAGAUCCACGACCGGAAACACCAGGAGAUCCACGACCGGAAACACCAGGAGAUCCACGACCGGCAGAGAUGCAGCCCCGCGGGAAACAUUCAGGAAGAAGACGAGCCGCGCGGCUACGACGUGGUGAAGGUGGAGAGCAGAAGUGAUGGAGGUGAAGAGGAGACGCUGCCUUCACUGAGCGAUAACAGUCCCGAGGGAACGGAGGAUCUUCCCGCCCCCAGCCCCGCCCACCUCCCUGGCCCCGCCCCCAGCCCCGCCCACCUCCCUGGCCCCGCCCCCAGGCCCCACCGCUGCAGCAUCUGUCCCAAGAGCUUCAGGAAGCCGUGCCUGCUGAGGAAACACAUGAGAGUUCACGUACGGGACGGAGUCAUCGCUGCUCCUGCAGACCAGGAGUUCUGGCUUCCCAUGAGGACGGAGGAGAAGAAGGAGGAGAAGAAGGAGGAGAAGAAGGAGGACGACGCCGGCGUGCAGGAUUCGCCCCGCCCUCCAGCCGGUAACCACGGCGACCAGAGCAGCGCGCCGGCGGUGGACGGAGACGUGGGCGUCCUGAUCAACUCUGACGGGGAGGAGGAGCAGUGGAGGCCUCCAGAGGCCCCGCCCCCUGACUCGGCCCCGCCCCCCGGGGGCCCGGCCCCUCCCCCUUUAGGGGGCGUGGCCAGCGGCAGCAGCCGGCACUGCUGCCCCGUCUGCGGCCGCGACUGCUUCAAGGCGUCGGCGCUGCAGAAGCACCUGCGCAUCCACUCGGGCGAGCGGCCGUUCCGCUGCGCCGCCUGCGGCAAGAGCUUCGUGCAGCGCGUGCACCUGACGGAGCACCGGCGCAUCCACACGGGCGAGAAGCCCUACGCCUGCUCCGACUGCGGCAAGAGCUUCGCCUACUCCGGCGCGCUGCGCCGCCACCAGCGGCUGCACGCCGACGCGCGGCCCUUCGCCUGCGCCGCCUGCGGGAAGACGUUCAAGCAGCGCUGCGUCCUGAAGAACCACCUGCUGACGCACGCCGGCGUGCGCUACCGCUGCCCGCUCUGCAGCAAGAGCUUCAGCCGCGCGCUGGAGCUAACAUACCACGUGGGGGCGCACGCCGACGCCCGGCCGUACUACUGCUCCGUCUGCGACAAGAACCUGAGCAGCUCCAGGAUCUACCGCAACCACAUGAGGAGACACCAGGACAACCAAGGACCUGAACCAAAAGGGGGCGGGGCCAACUCCCUGAUGGUUCAAGAUGAUCCAAAAGGGGGCGGGGCCAACUCCCUGAUUGUAUGAAUGAAUGAAUGUUGUAACUGGAGCCACAACCACCAGGAAACAGGAUUGGAAUCAAUUAUCCAGUUUAUUUAAAUUGACGACGUGAAUGUUGAUUUGUGAAGUUUCAGGAUGAUUGUCAUGGUUCUAAAAUAAAGAGAGAACAAAUAAAAUUAUCU